UACUUUCAUUCAACCCUCAACUCAGUCGUAUGUCGUUUGUCGUUGGGCAAACACCUACCCAACCGUUCGCGCGAAACCGAAAACUUUUACGUAAUACGCAAAUCUGUUUAUAGUUUUUAAAACAAUAGUGAAGUGACAUCAGCCUGUACACGACCUUUGUGCUAAAGUGACCAAUGAAUGGAUGACAAAAUUUGUUUUUAAAAAAGUGAAUAAAAAUAUGUAAAACUUUUUAAGCAGUAAUGGAACGCGAUGCCCGCGUUAUUUCAGUUAUUUUUUUAAAUAAUCGGCAAAGGAAUAAGUUUAUAAAUGGAAGUGAAUCUUUUUGUCUGCCUUGUCGUAAUAUUAGUACAGUUACAAUUGGUUUUUUAUGUGAACGGAGACAACUUGGCCAAACAUUCUCACCAUCGUAUAGAUGAUACAGUAAUAAAAAAGGAUCUCAACAAUGAAAAACCAGAUGAAAUGAUACCAAAUCGUCCGACUGUACAGGAGAGAGAUUAUUACCUACCUCCUGUGUUCACCGCUGAUGAUAAUGAGGAUGAGGAAGAUGACGAUGAUACAGCAUACUUAGAUUACGAUUAUGAGAUAAAGGAAUCAAAUUAUAAGGACUCACCAGACUUGGCAACGGUUCGGACAGACACUCAUGAUGUUCCUGUGGUCGAUGAUAAAAUACCAUUGCAUACGGCAAAGGAUAAUCUGCCUAUUUUCUUAUUGGAGCCAGAGAACACUUAUGUUGUCAAAAACAAACCUGCUACGUUAAAAUGUCGGGCUGCUAACGCUUUGAAAGUAUUUUUCAAAUGCAACGGCAUACAAACUCAAGCACUAAAUUUCGAAUUCGUUGACCCUCAAACUGGAGUGAGGAUAAUUGAGGGAGAGUGCAAAGUGACGAGGGAGAACGUUGAGGAGUACUUUGGGAGUGACAAGUAUCAAUGCACUUGUUUUGCUUGGACUAGCCGUGGGCAUAUACGGAGCCAGCCUGCUACUAUUGAACUAGCGUAUAUAAAGAAACAUUUCGCUUUAACCCCACAAUCUCAAGUGGUUAAGCAGUAUACACCAGUUACGUUUCGCUGCGAGCCGCCACCAGCUGCCCCCUUCGUCCAAAUCUACUGGCUAAAGAACGGAGCUCCCGUUGUCGAAGAUGAAAACGUACACGUGUCUAAAGACAGAGAUCUGCUUAUCAAGCAAGCUUCGUUGUUGGACAUGGCGAACUACACAUGUGUCGCUGAAAAUUUAGCUGGGAAACGGAUGUCUGAACCAGCCUUGCUGACUGUGUUCGUCAAUGGAGGUUGGAGCGCAUGGUCGGCUUGGAUCGACUGCUUUUGUGAUGAGCAAGGAAGAGAAACCCAUUCAGGGAGGAAGAGGGAGAGGACUUGUACGGCACCACGACCUCUGAAUGGAGGACAACCGUGUAUGGGACCCAAUAUACAGAAGACGCAGGAUUGUUUGGAUUGUGAUUUAGAUGAACUAGAUGAGUUGGCUGAUGAAUCACCGGACUUGUUAUUAGGACGUUGGUCCCAGUGGUCAGAAUGGUCUAGAUGUGACUUGGAUUGUCUUAGAACGAGAAGGAGACGAUGUUUGUCUAUAAAUUCCUGCCGAGGAAUAGACUACCAAGUGGCACAGUGCAACCUGUGUGUCAGGACUUCUAAGAGUGAUCUUGAUAAUGGUAAGAUUGGACCAUAUUGGCCUCUCUUGAUUGCGUUAUCGAUAGCUCUCCUGAUAUUCAUAGUCGUCGUUUUAUUGGGCAUCAAGUAUAUUAAGUUCAAAGUUAACAACAGUUCGCCGUAUGUGAAGCCACCUUCAGGUUCGAAUUACUUCGGUAACGUAAUAAAGAGGACACUAACCAAUCAGCCGGACUUGACUAUACACGAAGAGUUCCAAACUAUUGAUUCUCGGAGGACACACAGACAUACGAGCACAUCUACUAACACUCGCCAUGAACAUCUGUAUGAAGUACCACAGCUUGCUAACAGCUACAUCACACCCAUCGACCACGAGGUAAGGAACGCCAGAAAUGGAAGCGAAAGGAAUUACGCUUGCAAGGACAGCGUCGAGUCAGACCGAUCUGACUCCAGUUGCUUUUUGAGCUCCGGCUCAUCGUAUGGUAAUGAAAGUGUAGAGAUGACACCAUCGUUGGUAAAUAAUGCAUCAGUAGACUCAAAGUUCUUUGCUAAGCAAUUAGAAGCAGCUACUUCAAAAAUAGUUACACCAGACGGUGAUUGGUUGAAUCUUAAUAAAUGUGGAGUAAGCCUAUUCGUUCCCGAUGGAGUGGUGGAAAAGGGCGAAGAGUUAUUCUCGAUUGAGGUCGCAGACGACGACUGGAAUAGGCCGCUACUGCAAGAAGGUGAAACUCAACUAAGCCCUAUUAUACGGUGCGGACCCAAAAACUUUCACUUUUGCAAGAGUGUGGUUUUGUCCUUUCCACAUUGUGCAGCUUUGAAGAACACCAGCUGGAUACUAUCCAUCCUCCAAAGGCCCGAAGAAGUCAACUCGAGGGAGUGGCGGAAAGUUUUGACUUUGGGCCAGGAAACGCCCGGGACCCCACUGUUCGCACAAGUCGACCCUUCCAAAGUUUACCUAGUGAGCGAAUUUCUAAGCGACUUUGUUCUAGUCGGGAGAAGUUUCAGCGGUCUAGACGCGAAGUUGUAUAAAAUAGCUUUGUUUAUAUCUAAAAGAAUGGACGACAGUUACUAUAGUUUGAAGAUUCAUGUGUUUCACGAUACGCCUUACGCUUUCUACGACUGUUUCGAAAGUGAAAAGAAGUUAGGUGGCUCUUUACUCUGUGAUCCAAAGACAUUAUAUUUUCAACAGAAUUGUUCUGAUUUAUGUAUAAACAUUAGAGAUGUAGGAGUAGGUUGGAAGGUACAUUCCGGAGGGAAAUACCAGGAGCUGUCGUAUUCACAAGUGUGGAAUAUGACAAUGAAGCCUCUGCAAUACAUAUUUGUGUUGCAGCAAACGGACUCAAUAAACUGUUUAGAGUUAAACGUUUCUAUUUAUCAGAAGCAGAAGCAAUCGAAUUCUGUCAAUUUUAAUUUCAAGACGAACGACUUGAACUUUAAUAUGAAUAGUAAGAGAUUCAGUUGUGCGAGUGUAGAGACUGUUAAUAUAUUAGAGAACCCGUUCAAUUAUUCCUCGCUGACUAAGAAGGAGGGGAGGUAUGACUUCGUGUAUAAGAAUCACAGCAUUAGGAGCUAUUUUAGCGUUGACAAUAAUUACCGAACUAAUGUGUUGACCAAGUCGGAUAGAGUGAUACUGUGCAAGCUGUUGGACUCUCAGUCAGUGAAAGGGAACGACUGGAGACUGUUGGCUGAGAAAUUAAAUGUUUCCUCUUUCUAUUAUUAUUUCUCGAAUACUUGUUCGCCGACGGAGAAUAUAUUGAACUUAUGGUUGUGCAGGAAUAAUGACGUGAACAUGUUGGUCAAUUUGUCGAGGAUAUUCAGGGAAAUGGGUAGGAUUGAUUGUGCAACUGUAGUCGAGAGACGGUGUUUUGCAAAUUGAAGGGAAAAUCAUAAAGGAAUGUGAAACAAUUGUUGAGUUUGAAUAGAGAAAGAUUUUUGUUUCUUCGCCUCCAUUGAGUUGUUUUGAGAAAAUAUUUGAAUUUGCUUUCGUUUACGUCAUCAUUGUUUCUUUGAAGAUUAAAAAAAAACUUCUAUUGUAUUUUAAUUGUUUGGUUGUAAUUGUUAAUUUUCUUUACGUUUUGUUUUGUUUAGCUUUGAACUUCAGUGUUUGACGGCUAUUCAAAUUCAAUGCUUGAUUAUAUGAAAGAAUGGUUCUUGUUUAAAUUAAGAAACUCUAUUAUUUUAUUCUUUUCAGUACAUAUAAUAUUUCUUACUAGAUUUCUUCAUAACAUUACCGCGAGGUGAUUUAUUUUUAGAGACUUGAACGGUUUUCAAUACAAACAUUAGCUGACCCUCUGUAUUAUACAAAUAGACAGUAAACUUAUUUUAGCUACAGAAUGAUCUGUCAAAUCUCUUUAUGUUUUAAACAAAAGUAUUAUUUGUUGUAUUAAAACUUCCAUGAGACGUAAUCAAUUAGUUAGAUUAUACGGCUUAGUCACAUGACUGUUCGUCGAGGUUACUCGACUAAUUUCAAACUACAUCAGGGACUCAUACCUACAUACGACAACUAAUUUUACACGUGAGGAACGACGUAGCAAUUAAACGCUCACCGCAUCAAUGGUCGCUCGUGUUGUUCUUAAUCAUGAGCUCCGGUUUGACUUGAAACUAGUCGAGUAUCCUUGUCAAAAGGUUUUGUGAGUAAGCCGUAGAUUCUAAUUAAUAAUAUUUAGCUAAAACAGGUUUAUUGACUUCUUAUAACACUGAAAAAUAUUUAAAAAUUACUUAGGAAAGCUUAUAAUUAUACUAAAGAGUAUGUUUGAAAAACAUUAUUAGCUGUAUAUAAAUAAUUAUUAAUGAACCAAAUAGAUACUGUAUUGUUUAGAUAAGAAAAUUAAGUAGUGAUUUGAAAAUUUUGAAAUUAAAAGUAAACAUUUGGAAA